AUGUUGGCUGAUCGGGUUUUCUAUCCUGGGCAUCCUGGACUUUCGGCCGACAAUUUAUUAACGAUCGGACCGGUAUCCGGUGGAUGCCAGGGUACCACCCACAAAAUCCACCUCCUGGUGGUAAUCGGCGUUACGCGUGACAAAUACGACGAGGAAACAGCGACGGCGAUGAUCAUAAAGUUGGGACAGAACAAUUCGGCAGAAGCCGACUCUCAUGAUACGCGUUCGCGUUAUUUGGCAAAGCCGUUAGUACCAAAUCGGGCUUCUCCUCUCGGCUACCAAGGCGACCAGCCUGUUACGCCGCGCUACGUUUCCCAUCUUUCUCGACUCUGA